UCUGCCUGGUUACAACACUCCAAUCAUACAUACUCAAAUCCCUGCAUCUCUGAAGGCAAAACCAGAGGAACCAAACGAUUCAAUUUACCAAAACUGCUCGAGACACAGCAUAGAAAUCAGAUGAAGAUGCCAAUUUUCCAGCUCCUUCAAUCUGCUUUGCUUCUUCUGCUAAUUUUCUGCAGCAGCUACACCAUAGCAGAAAAGAAAACAGCACAGCAAGCAAAAAAAACAUACAUAAUUCACAUGGACAAGUCCACCAUGCCAGCAACUUUCAACGAUCACCAACACUGGUUUGACUCUUCACUCCAAUCAGUAUCAGAAUCCGCAGAGAUUCUCUACACUUACAAACACGUAGCUCACGGUUUCUCCACAAGGCUAACUGUCCAAGAAGCAGAAACACUUGCAGAACAACCAGGGGUUCUCUCUGUUUCCCCUGAAGUCAGGUACGAGCUCCACACAACCAGAACCCCAGAGUUCCUCGGGUUGCUAAAGAAAACCACAACUUUAUCACCUGGCUCUGACAAGCAGAGUCAGGUGGUUAUCGGGGUGCUCGACACCGGUGUGUGGCCCGAGCUGAAAAGCUUGGACGACACUGGUCUCAGCCCGGUGCCGAGCACUUGGAAAGGCCAGUGUGAAGCUGGAAACAACAUGAACUCAUCAAGCUGCAAUAGGAAACUCAUUGGAGCAAGGUUUUUCUCCAAAGGGUAUGAAGCAACUCUUGGACCCAUUGAUGUAAGCACAGAAUCAAGAUCAGCGAGGGACGAUGAUGGACAUGGAAGCCACACUUUAACAACAGCAGCAGGCUCUGCAGUCGCGGGAGCUAGCCUCUUUGGGCUAGCUUCCGGGACUGCGAGAGGAAUGGCCACACAAGCGCGUGUUGCAGCUUAUAAGGUGUGCUGGCUAGGUGGGUGCUUCUCCUCCGACAUAGCUGCUGGAAUCGACAAGGCCAUUGAAGAUGGUGUUAACAUCAUAUCAAUGUCUAUUGGGGGAAGCUCAGCGGACUAUUUCAGAGACAUCAUUGCAAUUGGAGCUUUCACUGCCAAUUCCCAUGGGAUUCUAGUGUCCACUUCUGCAGGAAACGGUGGACCAAGUCCUUCAAGCCUUUCCAACACAGCACCAUGGAUAACCACUGUGGGUGCUGGAACCAUAGACCGUGAUUUCCCUGCAUACAUCACACUUGGAAACAAUAUCACACACACCGGGGCUUCUCUUUACAGAGGAAAACCCUUGUCUGAUUCUCCUCUGCCACUUGUCUAUGCUGGUAAUGCUAGCAACUUCUCUGUUGGGUAUCUUUGCUUACCAGAUUCUCUAGUUCCUUCAAAGGUUUUAGGCAAAAUUGUGAUAUGUGAGAGAGGAGGGAAUGCAAGGGUGGAAAAGGGUCUAGUGGUGAAGAGGGCUGGAGGGAUUGGUAUGAUCUUAGCAAACAAUGAAGAAUUUGGGGAAGAGCUGGUUGCUGACUCUCACCUCCUCCCUGCAGCAGCUUUGGGCGAAAGAUCCAGCAAAGCUUUGAAAGACUAUGUUUUCUCCUCUCGCAAUCCCACAGCAAAACUUGUGUUUGGAGGCACCCAUUUGCAGGUUAAGCCUUCCCCAGUGGUUGCAGCUUUCAGCUCUAGAGGGCCAAAUGGCCUAACACCAAAGAUCCUCAAACCAGACCUCAUAGCUCCUGGUGUCAACAUCCUAGCUGGGUGGACUGGAGCAAUUGGACCAACAGGUUUACCAGUUGACACAAGACAUGUGAGCUUCAACAUCAUAUCAGGAACCUCCAUGUCAUGCCCUCAUGUGAGUGGCUUAGCUGCAAUCCUCAAAGGAUCUCACCCUGAAUGGAGCCCUGCUGCUAUAAGGUCUGCACUCAUGACCACGUCUUACACAGCUUACAAAAAUGGACAAACCAUUCAAGAUGUUGCAACUGGUAAACCUGCCACACCCUUGGAUUUCGGAGCCGGACACGUGGACCCUGUUGCUUCCCUUGAUCCUGGUUUGGUCUAUGAUGCAAAUGUUGAUGACUACCUUGGCUUCUUAUGUGCCUUGAACUAUACUUCACUAGAGAUCAAGCUUGCUUCUAGGAGGGACUUUAAAUGUGAUCCAAAGAAGAAGUACAGGGUGGAGGAUUUCAAUUACCCUUCUUUUGCUGUUCCUUUGGAAACUGCUUCUGGUAUAGGGGGUGGUUCUCAUGCACCAAUUACUGUGAAAUACUCUAGGACUCUCACUAAUGUGGGAACUCCAGGAACAUAUAAAGCUUCUGUGUCUUCUCAGUCACCAUCGGUGAAGAUUGCGGUUGAACCACAGAUACUUAGGUUCCAGGAACUGUAUGAGAAGAAGAGCUACACUGUGACAUUCACAAGCAAUUCAAUGCCUUCUGGUACUAAGAGCUUUGCUUAUCUGUAUUGGUCUGAUGGCAAGCAUAGGGUUGCUAGCCCAAUCGCGAUCACAUGGACAUAGUGACUUGAUACCUUCUGCUUCUCUUUCGUGUGAAUCAAUUUUGCGGCUCAGAAGCUACAAAGAAGCAUCUCCCCUGAAUUGAUUCUGGCUUUAGAAUCAAUUGUAGAAGGAUUUUCAAACACGCACUAAGUCGUUAAUUUUAUAUCUAACGAUGUGAAAGAACUUAGAACUUGGUCAAUAAGUUCAUAUGAGGAAGUGAAAUUUGGGAUAUAAGCUUUUACAGACCAUGGUUCAAAAAUCAGAUGAAAUGAUGAUGGAGACAAGUUUAGCUAGCUUGCAAACUCGGCUAGAUGAAAGCUUGAAUCAGCUCUGUUUUCAGGUCCAGCAUGUUUCAUAAGAUUUUUACUUUAAAGUUUAAUCUUUUAUAUAAAGGGGUUGUCUAAUUCACCCCAACUUAUUAAAUAACCUAUCCUGAGUGGAUCAAUGUAAUUAAGAUAAUGUAUUGAAAAUGGACAUGGUGGAUCAUAUUAAAAAUUGGUCCAAUAAUGAACCAUACUCUUACUUGUUUUAAAAUGUAACAUUCAGUACAUCUGUACAUGUUAAAUUCAAUA